CAGAAAAUGACAGAUGUGCCACAAGCGGUCGAAUGCGCAACUAAAAAACUUUGAUAUGACAGUUGCGAAAAUAAAAUAAAAAUAACGUGAUAACUAAAAAGUUGAAUUUUCGCCGGGCGGAGAUUGUAUAGAGUGAAGAAUUGGGAGAAUACAAAACGCACAUUAUUGUUUAUACCAAAUGUGACAUGAAAUAAUUGAAUAAAUUCAGUUUUCAACACUGAUCAUAAGAAUUCGACUUUGAAAAAACGUCUGAUUUGGAUCGCAAAUAAACAUUUGCUGUGUCAUUGUAAAAUUACUGGAGGUUUUAUAACGCUUAUAAUAAACAUGAGUACAGCUAAGAUAGAAUUUGCUGUGGAAAUGACAUGCGAAAAAUGUGUUAACGCAAUAAAGAGCUCUCUGUCUGGAUUAGAAGGGAUAAAUAAUAUUGACAUAUCACUGGACCGAGGAACUGUCGUUGUUGAUUCCAAUCUUCCUUAUUCUGUGAUUCAAGAAAAAAUUGAAAAAUCAGGAAGACGAGCUGUGCUCAAAGGAUAUGGAGACAGUGUCAGCGCUGUUUCUAUGUUAGGAGGAAAUUCUGGCUAUAGCAUAGGUGAAAAAGUUAGGGGUGUUAUACGAUUUGCUCAGUCAUUAAAGGGUUGCAUUAUCGAUGGUACCAUUGAUGGUUUGACUCCUGGGUUCCAUGGUCUACAUGUACACGAAUGUGGAGACAUUUCCCAAGGUUGCCUGAGUGUUGGAGAACAUUAUAAUCCACACAAUGCCACUCAUGGGGGUCCAGAUGACGAUAUCUCCCAGCGUCAUAUUGGUGACCUUGGAAAUAUUGUUGCGGACGAAAGUGGAAGAGCAACGUUUAGAUUAAAAGACAAUUACCUUAGUGUACCUGAUAUUAUAGGUAGAUCUUUAGUUAUCACCGAAAAACCAGAUGACCUUGGACGAGGUAAUACCAACGACUCCAAGAUUAAUGGGAACAGCGGCGAUCGAAUAGCCUGUGGCAUAAUCGCUCGAUCAUCUGGGGUUUUUCAAAAUACAAAGAAGAUUUGCGCGUGUGAUGGACUGACGUUAUGGGACGAGAGAGAUAAAACUUUAUCCAAGACAAACAUCGUGCCUACGAACAAUCCAGUAUGCUUAAUAUUGUAAAAAUUUGCUUACGACGAAUCAUUGUAAAUCUCAUUAGUCAAACUUUUUUCUAAGUCUUUAUGUUACUAUUCAAACGUUUUCCAUUGAAAUUCCUUCCAUGGUAAUUAUUAGGAAUUUCUAUUAAAAAUUUAAAUUUAUUUUUAAGUUUCAUUGUGUUCGUUUUUUUACUCGUUGUUUUUCCCAUAAUCGUUUUUUUAUCGUCCAUAAUCAUAUUAAUAGUACAUUUUUUCUUCCAGUGACGAUUUUGUCGGGACAACAAAACUCAAUCUACGGGAUUUAAUAAAUGAAUAUUAUAUUUUUAUCUUGUGAAAAGCGAUUAUGAAAUAAUACAAAUGCACGAACAGCACAA